GCAUAUUCCGAUUUUGAUAGGUACUAAUUUAAUAUACUAGAAGGCAAAACAAUUUUAUCACAUAUCACGUAAUUUCUAAAUGAAAUAGAAAUUAGACCCUAUAUGUCCCAAAAAAAUAAAAAAGAAUCUACUAAAACAGUACAAAAAAAAAAUGAAAAAAUUAUAGAGGAUAAAACAUUUGGUUUAAAAAAUAAAAAGGGUUCUAAACAACAAAAGUUUAUAAAAACUGUUACACAUCAAAUUGCAAAUGAUCCAAAUCAGAACAAAAAAUUAAACAAAGAAAAAGCUAAAAAGGAUGAUUUAUUGGAAGAUAUCACUAAAAUUUUUAAGCCUGUUGUACAAGAGCAAAAAAUCAAUAAAGGUGUUGAUCCAAAAUCUAUGCUAUGUGCCUUUUUUAAGCAGAAUAUAUGUGGAAAAGGAGACAAAUGUAAAUUCUCUCAUGAUCUAGCUUGUGAAAGAAAGGGUGAGAAACGUAGUAUGUAUAUAGAUGCACGUACUGAAGAUGAAACUAUGGAAAAUUGGGAUGAAUCAAAACUGGAAGAGGUUGUUUCCAAAAAACACAGUGAAGAGAAUAAAUCAAAUAAAACAGAUAUUAUUUGCAAACAUUUUUUAAAGGCUCUUGAAGAUAAUAAGUAUGGAUGGUUUUGGGAAUGCCCUGAUGGGGGAGAUAAAUGUUUUUAUAAGCACGCUCUUCCUCCGGGCUUUACUUUAAAAAGGAAUAUUCCAGCAUUAAAAGAAAAUUUGCCUCUGUUAGAAGAACUUUUAGACAAAAAAGUCACAACAAUAUCAACUCACACAAAACUCAACUUAGAAAAUUUCAGGGCAUGGAAGGCUAAAAGACUCAAGAUUAAACGAGAGAAAGCUCUCCAAGUGGCUCAAGACAAAGAAGCUAAAUACAAAGCCGGAAAGUUGAUAGGGCUGAGUGGAAGGGAUAUCUUUACUUUCGACCCCAGCUUAGGAACCGAUGACAUUGGCUAUAUGAUGACCAACGGGGUUGACGGUGAUUCCCAUAAAAAUAAUGAAUUUGAUUCGGACGAUGCAGUUAUGGAGGGAAUAGAUGAUUUGGACGAUAUAUACGAUCUCGAGGGAUUGAACCAGAGCGAAGCCCUCGAUAACGAAAUAGAACUCGAACUCUCAAACCUUAUAAACAUGGAAAUGAAUAAGCCCUCUAUAACGAAUAUCGAACCCGGUUCAAGCUCAAAACAAGAAGAAAUAUAUUUUAAUAAUAAUUUAAUCGAAAUAUUGUCCAAAAAAAUUGAUUCCACACUUUAGCACUAGCUGCUUUUCGGGGAUUAACUGAGAUUAACCUUAUAUACUGUUUAGAUAAUUGUAAUAUGUGAAGAUAUUAAACUUACAAUUAUUACAAUAUAAUUGGUAUUUUAUAAUUGAAAUAAAAUGGUAAA